AUGAGACCCUUAAUAGCAAUCCUGCUGGUUAUCAAUGCGGCCACCACUGCCGUCGCUCUAUCUGGCGAAGCCCUCGCCAUGGUUGAAGAUUCCACAGCCUGGAUGGAUAAAUUCUACGACCCAUCAGUCGGCCAGCUCUACGACCUCGAAUCCAAAGCCGCCAUGAAUCAUGAAACCUUAACGUCAGCUUGGUACGCUGUUGGUCUUCUUGCCCGCAAUGGCAACGGUGGGAAGGACGUCACAGAGGCUCAAAGAAUUAUCAAUUUUAUCAUUGCUGAUCAGCAUGAUAACCCAAAAGAUCUCUGGUAUGGUGGAUAUACCAGAGAGCCCGAAGAACCUGAUGUCGGGUCAGAACAUUACCCCGCGAAGGCAUACGGGUCAUUCGACCCCAACUGGAGGGGCUUCGUGGGACUAAGUUUCAUUACUAUGUAUGAGGAUUUUGGGGAUUUGUUGUCGGAAGAUUUGAAAAGAUUGAUGCUUGAAAGCUUGUUCAAUUGUAGUAUUGGGGAUUCAUAUCGCGAAGGUGGAGUUAACGGGGACAAUCUCUGGCCUUCUUACAGCAAUCCGGCGAUCAUGCGAGCUAUUGGGACCGGAUGGACUGGGAGGAAAACGGGAGACAAAAAUAUGACGAAAGCCGGCGAAGACUAUGCGCAAAAGAUCAUCGAUCUAUGGGACAUGCAUAACACUCUGUCUGAGUUUAAUUCAGCAACGUAUACUGGCAUUUCGAUCUUCGGCCUCACCCUCUGGGCCAAGUACAUGCCUGAAGACUCCAUAAUGGCAAAACGCGGCCCGGGGAUCCUCAGUGGUGUUUGGAACACGACAUCACAACUCUGGCACGCUGAUAUGCGUAACCUCGCAGGACCUUGGGACCGUUCCUACAGUCUCGAUAUGACCAUACACCUUGGCCAUCUAUCGCUUUUCCUCGCCUCAAUCAUUGGUAGAAAGGCAGCCGGUCUGCACCAAUACCCCGAGAUAAUGAGUCACGCGCGAGAUUGGGCAUGGGCCCCACUGAUCGCGGUACAUUCCGAGUUUCAUAAUUCUCUUCUCUCCGACGAGUUGAAAAAUUCACUGAAAACGUUCGACGGGGAUCGGGUGUGGAAGGGUCAGGCUUAUUACCCACCCCACGAUCUGGACACACGAAACAUCACAACGUGGAUGGGAAAGACCCUUAUGAUCGGCGCGCAAUCGUAUCACACCAAGAGCAAGAAUGGACCAUCUAACAACAACGGACAGUUUCAUCCUGCAGUUGCGCAAUGGAUGUACGGUGAGGGCAAAAUUGGUUGGCUUUCGCUCCGAUCAAGCCAGGCUCACGUCCAAGUAGAGGUCUCUGCAAAUCGCCUCAAGAUUACAUAUCCGGAAGGCGGCGCAGACUCUGUCUUUACGUUUUUUGUUUCACCAUCGAUGCUUCAGCCAAAUGUCAAGGCGUGGGCCGAUAUCCAAGGAAUCAGCAUAUCAGUCACUGGUAACGUCGACGAGAAGUACGAUUUGAAGUUUGCAGGACGCUAUGGCGGAGAGUUGAGCCCGUGGUACGAUCAUAACUAUUGGCGAUUCGAGUAUAAGAUGCCUGCAGUGCUCAAUGGGAGCCCCGAGUUAGUGAUUGAUUUUGCACCUCCAAAGCCAUUCAACAGACUUUCUUAGGGAUCUUCAAGGUUGUUCUUUUGGUUAUGGUUAGGUUCAUAUUCAGUAAUCAACAGAUUCUAAGCUUCAC